AUGACUACGGAAGAGAAAGAGAUCCUCGCCGCCAAAUUAGAAGAACAGAAGAUCGAUAUUAGCACAUUGCAUAUGUCUGAUCUGUUCGGACAAGAUGGAGAGGCAGGAGGGAAGUCAAAACAAAGUAGAAGUGAGAAGAAGAGUCGCAAAGCCAUGCUCAAGCUUGGUAUGAAACCCAUCACUGGUGUUAGCCGUGUCACCGUCAAAAAGAGCAAGAACGUCAUGUUUGUCAUAUCAAAGCCUGAUGUCUUCAAGAGUCCAGCAUCAGACACGUAUGUAAUCUUCGGAGAGGCCAAGAUUGAAGACUUGAGCUCUCAGAUGCAGUCUCAAGCUGCAGAGCAGUUCAAGGCUCCGGAUCUCAGCAAUGUUAUCAAGGGUGAAUCGUCGUCAAGCGCUGCGGUGGUGCAGGAUGAUGAUGAGGAAGUUGAUGAGGAAGGUGUUGAGCCAAAGGACAUUGAGUUGGUGAUGACACAAGCAGGAGUGCCUAGGCCAAGAGCUGUGAAGGCUCUCAAGGCUGCUGAUGGAGAUAUUGUCUCUGCUAUCAUGGAGCUUACUACCUAA